GUGUCCAUUCUUUCGUGUGAAUUCAGACGCCUGAGAGUGAGUCAAAUCUUACCAAGAGCUGCGUCACCGCACGUUAGUGUCAAAGCUUCAUCAGUUGCCGGUGCAGGUUCUAACUUGUGUUCCAGAACUUUGACCAAUUCAAGAACAAAUCAACUGAGAACUUUGUUGUCCGCACCAACCGAAGAAUAGAUGCUUCGCAGCGACCGUCUGCCGCAGCUGCUGCUGCUGCUCUACGCUCCACUGUGUCAUUUAGGGGAGGCCAGUGGACCACCCUACCCGCCCGGCACGUGCCCGCAAUGCCCCUACUUCCUGCCCACGCCCCUGAAUGCCUCCACUUCUGUGGGGGCAGCUGUCAACCUCACCUGUGGCAUCAGGCACCUCGGCGACAGCAAGGUAUCAUGGAUACGGCGGGACGACCUGCACGUUCUCACCACGGAGCUCAUGACCUACACCAGCGAUAAGCGGUUCAGAGCUGCGCACGUCAGAGGUUCUCCUUUCUGGACGCUAGAAGUGAACAACCCGCUGGUGAACGACUCCGGGGUGUACGAGUGUCAGGUGUCCUCGCAAAAUAAAAUAUACAGGAGAAUCACACUCAAUGUUACAGUGCCAGUCUCACACAUCCUCGGCAGUCACGAGGUGUACCUGAAGGCUGGUAGUGACAUGAACAUCACGUGCGUGCUAGAGGGGCACAAGCGACCUACCCACGUCACGUGGUAUCACGUCGGCAAUGGCUCAGACGAGGUUCGUGAAGUGAACGCAGGCGGGCGGGGCGGCAUUCAGGUGGUGACGGACAGACGGACAGGCACCAGCUGGGUGACGGUGGCUCAGACCACCUAUCGAGACGCUGGCAAUUACACGUGCGCUCCUGAGUUCUCGACGCCUUCACACGUGCAAGUCCACGUGCUGCACGACGAAGAGACAGCGGCCAUGCAGCCCCACCUACAAGGCACUAACAGCAGCGGUGCAGUGCAGAGUUCCGCAGCAGCGCCUGGAGCGUUCAGAAAAACAUCUGCGUUAAUUAUCAGCUUAUCUUUAUCGGAAAUUAUUAACUGCUUGUGGUGACAUCAGGUUAUUCUUCGACGUGAGUCACAUUCAAGAAUAACCUGAAUUUAUUCGAAAAGAAAACUUGUUUAUUUAU